AUGUACACCCAAAUGCUCUUCAGCGCGUUUCUCGCGACGACGCUCGCGGCACCACUCGUCCAACGGCAGUCACCCAAGACUGGAGCCAGUGACAGUUGGCAACCCGCACCCGACACAAUAACGACAUGCGACACCGACUCCGAUAAAUCACUCAGCUUCACAGCUGAUCCCAAACUCGAAACUAUCCUUAACGACGCCUGCGCCGCCAUGAUGCCCGGUUGCGCCUAUCCAGACCGCAUCGCCACCGGUACGCUGUGUACCGCGACUGUUGACUACCCACUCAACGGCCAUAAGAACAGUACACAAGAUGCCAAUGCAGUGGGUAGCGAUGGUAAUCGCAUUACCGACUAUGCUGUUAGAUUCGAUGUCACCCCAGCUUCCCAACCCGAGGACUCUGCUGGUGUCUUCUGGAAGGUCGAGGAUUGCUAUGGUUACUUUGCUCGCAUGCUUCAGAAGGAGGGAAAAGAGGGAUGUCACAACAGCGUCGGAUCUGGUUCCGGUAAUGUGACGGUUGGCGGUGAUUCAUCACUGGCUGGUACCGUCUUCAAAGUCUCCGUUGUUCCUACGGAGAGUUUGCAAUAG